CAGACAUUAGCAAUCGAGAGCCGGGUGUUAAAAAGCUGAGGAAGAGCAAACUUUUGAAAAGCUUUGUUGUUGUUAAUAAUCUCAUAUUUUUUAUGUUUUUAGUACAGUGCUAACUGCGACGACAAUCAUGUGAAGAAUUAGUAAAUAGAAAAUAGAUGGAUGGAUCCGUGUUGCAGAGAGGAAACCUUUUAAAACAUGCGCUUUAGGCUUCAGGAACUCGGGGUGUGAGAGGCUAUCACCAUGGCAACGCAGUUCAGCAUCGAUGACGCCUUUGUGCUGGAGGGUGAGGAGGAGGGGGCUGUGUCCGACGAAGACAUGCAGAGCUGGAAAGGCCGGGAGAAGGACAGAGAAACUGGAGACAUGACGUUUGGCCCUCUGUCCUUUUCUAAACCACAGAGCAACCCCUUGCCUGCAAAUACUGGGGCCCCGGAGCACACCAAUUUGAAGUACCAGAAUCUGGAAAAUGAAGAAACACUUGGCAGUAAUGGAAAUUCUACUUUUAAUAACUUCUUUAAAAUUAAUGAUCCUUCGGCCCUGUCCUACUGCAGCUCUCAGUGGUCUUUCAGCACCUUAAGUUCAGUUACACAGCUCUCUGCACACUGUUGCGGGUGGGUCUCUCACCCGCUGAUCAAAAACAAUAAAAAAGUUGUACUCGCCUCAUUUCUUCUCCUUAUUACUGGAAUUGCUCUCAUCUUCACUGGUGUUGUCAUACAGCUAAACCCAAAAGCAGGAGUUUCAAGUGCCAUUUUCUUUGUUCCUGGGUUUCUUCUUUUUAUUCCUGGAGUGUACCAUGUCAUUUAUAUAAGCUGUGCUGUGCGCGGGAGAAGAGGCUUCAAAUUGUUCUACCUGCCUUAUUUUGAGAAGUGAUGUCUUUUGAACACUACAUUUUAAUUGCCAUUUUACUAUGUAUUUUAUGUGUGGCACUGGUAACAACCACUACUAAUUCAACCACUUGGUGCAUUUUACAAUGUUUCCAAAUGAACAUGAAUUCUCUAUGUGUAUUUUUCUACAUAUUUUCUGUUGUGUAACUAUAACUGUGAAAUUACAAUAAAAUGUGUCUUUAAUGUCA